AUGUCUCCUUCUCGCCGGCUUGGUCCGGUCGUUGGUCUCGCCUUUUUCGCCACCGCUCUGCUGCGGAUUCUCGACCGCUCCGCUUCCCUCAGCUUCGCAGUGGAGAAUCCGCUGAGACUGCCGAAGGUGCCUCCCACGCCCUGGGACCUCUUCGGAGUGCCGCGCGGCACCGACAAGGCUGAGAUCCGAAAGCUCUUCCGAAAGAGGGUGGCCAGCGAGCACCCCGAUGUGAAUCCAGAAGAUCCUGAAGCUGGAGAACGAUUUCAGGAGCUAGUGGCCGCCUACAAUUCCAUCAUGGGUGACGAGCUGUUGCCCGAUGAACUGAACUUUGUUCGUGUGCAGAUGACCAAGCGAUACAAGAAGGAGUUGGAGGCCGAUCAAUCAGUCAAGAACGGCAUUUUCUAUGCGCUUUUGCCUGGAAUCUUGACCUCUGUGAUUGGUAUCACCUUCUUCACCAUUGACUCGCUGGGGAUGUUGGAUCCUGAGACUAAGCAGAUGUUGGAUGCCGUGAAGGGCAAGGGCAUCUGA